AUGGCCUCCAUCUCUCGCACUCCAUCUCCAUCCCCCUCCCCCACCUUCGCAACAGGCCUGCGCACCGGCUCCUUCUCUUCUCUGCAGACUCUGUCCCGACCCGGUUUACAGCAUUCUCACUCCUCCUCCUCCUCAGCUGCUGCGAACCUGUUACUCUUCAAUCCAAUGUAUCUGCAAGCUCCCGAUGCCCCGGCACCGGCCUCGGCCGGCCCUGUCUCCAUCACCAACGGAGAAACCUCCAAAUUCGCUCUCUCCCAAGAACACAGACCGGACCAACCUCAACUGUCGAUUCUAAACGGCUCAGCUGCCUUUCCCUUCGGCACCCCUCACGAUGUCUCCAAAAUCACCGGUCAGGCUUACUUGACCUCCCAGCAGCUUGUCCAGCAUGUUGGUUAUUCUCUCUCUGACAACGUCUUCUCCUACUCGCCGGAGACGUUCGACCUCGAUACUGCUGCCAAGGAAUGGUCUGGUAAAUCCCAGGCCAAUGCUUACGGCAGGCCUACCACAAUCACCAGCUUAGAAACUAGAACAGGAGCUGCUUCCGUUCUACUAGGUUAUGUUUUCUCUAACGACAGGGAACUGUCUAAGAGAAACAUUCCCCAGACCGUCAUAGCAUCCACCGCUACUCUCCUCGAAAUGCGAAAUGCUCUCGAGCAGCUUUCCAUGCUCUAUGCUGUCUCUAGCCCUUUCGUUGCUCAUGUCGCAGCCGUUGAUUACUCUCCCUUCCAGUACAAUUUGGUUGCCGACUAUACCUCGGCCCUACAAGUCGCUCAAGAUGCCGGAAUUGGUCUUAUUUCGUCAAGAUCAGCUCAUGAUGCCCAGCAUAUGGCACUUUUCUCAACAUUGGUGUCUUCUGUACUACCUACUGUUCACAUCUACGACGGUGUUCGAGCUGGACGGGAAACCGCCAAAGUUGUCGAUGUCUUGGAUCAAGCUGGUAUCUAUCAGACUUACCAGUCCAUUCUAAAUGAGCAAAAGACCAUUGGCAAGAAGGUUGAUCCUGAGGCUAAAGUUGCCAAGAUACUCGAGAAUCUCAACUCUGAGCUCGGAACUUCCUACAAGCUCUUCGAAUACGCUGGACACAGUGAGCCAGAAGCCGUGCUUGUAGUAUUCGGAUCUGUCGAGUCUUCGGUUUCUGCCCAGGUUGCUACCCGUUUGGCAGCCGGUGGCGAGAAGAUUGGUGUGAUCUCCGUGCGCGUCUACCGUCCGUUCUCUGAGACCCACUUUUUGGAAGCUCUUCCAAAGUCCGUGAAGAGGGUUGCUGUCCUCGGUCAAGUCAUCGAUCAAGCUGCUGUUGACGAUGCUUCCGUUCAAUCCUCCCUAUAUGCUGACGUUCUCGCUGCUUUGACUAUGGCCGAGGACUGGACGAUCACUCCUCCGGUCAUUGACGUCAAAUACCCCAGAGAGCAGGGUUGGGUGCCUUCUGAUUUUGCCUGGAUCUUCGACCAAAUUGUCAAGCAAAAGUCUACUUCCAUCUCGCCACCAGAGGAAGCUCUGGCAGCAGAGGCCUCCCAUAUCGCUGGGUUCGAGAUCUUUGAGGCUGAAGCCGUCUCUCAAUACGUCUUCUGGGACCUUGAUGUUUCUACCGGCGAAGAGGCACCAAGCAGCAUUACAAGGCUUUUGGCUUCUGAUAGCUCUCGGAAUGUUACCUAUUCCUCGAUCUACGACAAUCUAUCGCAGGCUGGCAUUACCUACAGCUGGAUCAGGAGCGCUAAAGAGACUGUCCAGGCUCAUUACGAUGUUACACAAGCUGAUGUGGUAGUUGUAAACGAUUCAAAGAUUACUCUAUCUUAUGAUGUUGCUUCUGGUGUGAAGACCAGCGGUACACUUCUCCUUCGAAGCCCUAUUAAGGAUGAAGAUCUCGAGGCUAAGCUUCCGGCUCAAUUGAAGAAGGCCUUGGCGCAUAAGAAGGCUAAAUUCUACAUUCUCGACGUACCACAGGAUGCUGGUCUUUCACCCGAGAAAGAGAACUUGCUCUUGCAGCUCGCUUUCCUCCGCGUCUCCGGUGAAGUCGACAAGGUUUCCGCUAUUAGCGAAAAGCUUGCCAACAUUGAUAAGGGUGUUGAGCCCCAGACCAUCCAAGAGGUCGCCGCUCUUAUCGAUACCUACGUCCGCGAAGUCCCCGUCCCAGAAUCUUGGCUCGAAACUGAAGUUAUUGGGGAACCUCUUCCAUCCUCCUUCGACCCCAAUAGCUUCGCUAUCAACACCGCCAAAUCUGAGGAAGAUCCCAAGUACCUCCUCAAGAAAUCAAUCCACUCCGCCAUUAUUCUUUCCUUCCGUGAGGCGUUUGAACUCCAAAAUGCUCUCCGUCCUGACCUCCCUGUUACCAACUUUAUUGUGCGUGUACAGGAGAACAAGCGACUUACACCCCUCUCGUAUGAUCGUAACAUCUUCCACAUUGAGUUCGAUCUUACCGGGACCGGUAUGACAUAUGAUAUCGGUGAGGCGUUGGGCAUCCAUGCUCACAAUGAUCCCGAAGAGGUUAACCAGUUCAUUAAAUUCUAUGGACUUGAGGCAAACGAUGUUGUCGAGGUUCCUUCGAGGGAUGAUCCUGAUCAACUAGAAAUGAGAACUAUAUACCAGGCGCUCAGUCAGAACAUUGACAUAUUCGGCCGUCCACCGAAGAAGUUCUAUGAAGCCCUCUCGGAGUUCGCAACAGACGAGAAGGAAAAGAAGGAGCUUCUUACGCUUGGAUCUGCCGAGGGAGCCGUGGAGUUCAAGCGUCGUGCGGAAGUUGAUACUGUCACAUAUGCUGAUGUACUCCUUGAAUUUGGGUCUGCACAUCCUUCCUUCCAUGAUUUGGCGAAGAUUGUAUCGCCUAUGAAGAGAAGGGAGUAUUCCAUUGCCAGCAGUCAACAGGUGCACCAGAACAGUGUGCAUUUGUUGAUUGUGGUUGUCAAUUGGGUUGACCCGAAGGGUAGGGAUAGGUUUGGACAGGCGACGCGGUACUUGAGUGGAUUGAAGAUUGGGAGUGAGGUUACGGUUAGCGUUAAGCCAAGUGUUAUGAAGCUGCCGACGGAGAGCACGAAGCCACUUAUUAUGGCAGGUUUGGGAACUGGACUUGCGCCCUUCCGAGCCUUUGUGCAGUAUCGCGCAUGGCAGAAGGAACAGGGUAUCCCCAUCGGCUCCGUAUUGUUGUACAUGGGUUCCCGUCACCAACGAGAAGAAUAUCUUUACGGUGAAGAAUGGGAAGCCUACGAAGCUGCAGGAGUGGUUACGUAUAUUGGAAAAGCGUUUAGUAGAGAUCAACCUGAAAAGGUUUAUAUUCAAGAUAAGAUGAGGCAAAGUCUUGAGAAGAUUGUGAAGGCAUAUGGUGAGGAAGAAGCCGGAAGCUUUUACUUGUGCGGACCGACUUGGCCGGUGCCUGAUGUGCAGGAGGUCUUGAUGGAGGCUAUUGCGGUUGAAGCUACGAGGAAGGGGGUUAAGGUUGAUACGAGAAGAAGGAUUGAGGAGUUGAAGGAUGAUGGGAGAUAUGUUCUUGAGGUUUAUUAG